GGGAUAUUUCUCUUGGGUGCUCCCCUGACGUUGAUGUAUUUGAGAUAUUUUAUAAUAUGUUGUGAAUGUUGCAGCAAUCGUAAAGGAGGGCGAGCAGGCGAGCCCAUGCAACACGGACAUCAAGGCUGAUGCUCCAGCCGGGGCUAACGUGUGUAACCCUAAUAUCUCGGCGUGCAGGGAAGGAUGGGAGGGACCAAAUGCAGGCAUCAUCAGUUUCGAUAAUAUCGGAUUUGCCAUGCUCACUGUCUUCCAGUGCAUCACUAUGGAGGGCUGGACUGCCAUAUUGUACUGGGUCGUUUCUGAAGACAUUUUUGACGAGGAACACGGGAAAAAUAGUAAAAAAAAUACAGCCUACUUUAUACCGUUGAUCGUCCUUGGAUCAUUCUUCAUGCUGAACUUAGUUCUUGGUGUCUUAAGCGGAGAGUUUGCGAAGGAGAGAGAGAAAGUGGAGAACCGACAGUCCUUUCUGAAGUUGCGAAGACAGCAGCAGCUUGAGCGCGAACUGAAUUGUUACCUCAAUUGGAUCUGCAAAGCAGGUUAGACCAAUUGUCGUAGAAAAAGUACGUGAAUUGAAAAAGAUUGACAAGAAUUUAUUUCACGCAAAACAAAGAUACUUUUUUUUUUCAAAGAAGGACGUUAUAAAAAAAUAUAGAAAUAUAGUAUACCAAAUAAUGUUUCGAGAAUAAAGUUGAAAACUGAUAAGCAAAAAAUAGAAAUUAAUGUGUUUCUUAUAUUUCAAUCUGAUUUCAAAGAUUGAAUUUUUAAUUUUUCAAACAUAUAUGAAAUGCUUUCCUGUCAAUCUAUCUUAAUUCAAAAGAGAGUGUGUGUGUGUGUGCUUGCAAAAGCUUGUUGUACGCAUGAAUUGUCUUUGUAUAUUGAAAUAUAAAAAUAUUACAUUGAUUACUAUUAAUACAUAAUAUACUAUUUACG